UUCCCAAUGUCAUCAUAGCAUUUCCUGUUGAACAUUCAUUUUAAGUUCAUGAGACAUUUGGGCACGGUGCUAAGUUAUUGAUCGUUGAUCUGUUGAUCUGACGUCUAUCAUGUCGAGUCGCGCUCUGCGUAGGCUGAAGGGCGAGCAGCGAGCUCAGGCCGCUUUAAACACGCUAAAACUAACUGGUGAAGAUGAAGAGGAGCAGACGAAGGGUGACACAACUGCCCAUAAGCAGAAGAACAUCAGCAACAUAUUUGAGCUGAUUGGUGAGGCUGAUGUGGAUGUAAGUGUGUCAGAUGAGGAGACAGCAGAGAGAAUCAGUGACAUAAAACCAGGAGCAGCUUCACUAGAGAAAGAUGCCGUGAAGGAUGAGAAGUCAAACAAAAAAAAGAAAAAAAAGAAGAAAAAGGCUCUUGCUGAGAAUGGAAGGGAUAAUGCAGUCCCAACGAAAAAGGGUCACAAUCGUGUGUUGGAACCGCAGGCGGAUGAUUUGAGUGUGGGAGAUGAUAUUGAUGCUUUCUUGGAGACCCUGGAGAAGAAAAAAAGCAUAUCAUACCAGAGCUUAGACAACAGUGCCUCUGAAAACAGACCUGUACUGUACGUGGAACACAGGAAUCUGAAUCCAGAGACGGAGUUGAAGAGGUAUUUUGGCGUUCGGGCUGUUCUGGGAGACCAGAGAUCAAAACAGAGACCGAGGCAGUUUCAUCGGUGCACUUGGAUGACUGUUUUCAAAGACACAUGGCCCCGUUUCAGUCGACCAGGUAUUUCCAUGAGUCUAGUGGAAUCUAAAAACGGCAUUCAGCACUUCACCUUUGAACAUAAUCGUGACUAUCAGCAAGUCCAGUUCAAGUUUUUUGAUGCGGUUGAGUCAAUGGACCCCAAUAACUUUGUGGUUCUCCUGCAACUUAACCCAUAUCACAUUGAUUCACUUUUGCAGCUGUCAGAUGUAUGUCGCAUACAAGAAGAUCAAGAGACCGCCAGAGAUCUCAUCGAAAGGGCUUUAUAUAGUUUUGAGUGUGCAUUCCACCCUGUGUUCAGCCUGACGUCAGGCACGUGUCGACUGGACUACUGUAGACCAGAAAACAGGGCCUUUUAUUUAGUUUUGUUCAAGCAUAUGACAUUUCUGGAGAAGAGAGGUUGUCCACGUACAGCUUUGGAGUACUGCAAACUGAUUCUGAGUCUGGAUCCAGAUAAUGACCCUCUCUGCAUGCUGCUGAUCUUUGACUUCCUGUGCCUGCGCUGUCGCGAGUACACCACCCUCAUCCGACUCUUUGAAGAAUGGGAGGUCCAUCGAAAUCUGUCCCAGCUGCCAAACUUUUCCUUUUCUGUGGCUCUUUCCUACUAUCAUCUGAGCCAACGGGAAGACAUUUCACCUGUGGAGAACCAUCAGCUGAAGCAGAAAUCCAAUGUACUAUUGCAAAAUGCUCUCAUCAUGUUUCCUGGUGCACUGAUGCCCCUUUUGGACUUAUGUACAGUUCAACCUGAUGCUUUGGUGUCUUCUCAUGUAUUCUUUGGGCCAUCAAGUCAAAUUGGCCAGCCUCCUGCACUCUCAGAGUUAGUGGCUCUAUAUGUGGGUCGCUCUCACAGCCUGUGGAAAGAAGCUGGACUGAUGCUAUGGUUGGAGGAGAAUGUCAGAAAAGUGCUAAAGAGGGUUGACUCACACGAUCCUUAUUUGGAGGACUGCCAAAACAAGAGGAAGCAGCGAUACCAGAGUGCUCCCAGGAACAUCCAUAGACAUGUGCUGAUGUCUGAGAUCAAGGAGGCAACAGCUACCCUUCCCUUAGAAGUGACCACACAGCCAGGAAUGGGUUUUGACCCUCUCCCUCCUCUGGACUCCAUUGUCUCUUACAUCAGACCAGAAAGGCAGAACAUGGGGGCCUCAAAUGAAGGGACAUUAUCUUUGUUUUUCCGAUCACUGCUACCAAACUUCAACCUCCAGGUGAGUGGAUGCAUCACUGUAUGUCCAAGCACACAAUUUACUUCAGUUUAAAAAUAUUUGGUGAGAGAAUUCAAAUGGUUCUCAUGAUCACAUAAAAUAAAAAAAAUGUGUGUAAAAUGUAAAUGAGCCCAAUUGUAGUUUAAUAUUCAUUCCAAAGUGUGUUGAAUAGAAUACUCUUCUUGGGUGGAAAAACAGAGAAAAAUUAUUCAGAAGAGUUAAUGGAUAGCGUAUGUUUUACUCAUUUGAUAUCCUAUCUGAAAAUAGAAUGAGAACUGGAAAGAUGGCUUAUUUAAAAAAAAAAAAAAAAAAAAAAAAAAGGUUUUGGCUCUACAAAUCAGUUUAUUGCUUCGAUAUUUCGUUCAUUCAUGUGGGCACCACUGAAAUGUCAGUUUUUAUCUGAUUGGUCAAACCGGCAGAAUAAGAGUUGUUACAGAACACUGCAAAUUCCUAUAUUAAUAAACUAUUGUCGUGAUGCAAACUGUCACUCACUGUAAAUUACAUCUGAUGUUUUACUUAUUAUUUCUGUAUCUAAGAAAAUUGCAUCUGUUUUUCCAUGUCCCACUAAUAAUGAAAAUAUUUUUAUAAAAGUCAAAUGUUUAAUGAAGUUAAUGAAUGUAAAAACUAAUAAUAAACAUUGUCAUGAUAGCUUGUUGUCCAUAAAAGGUCACAUUCGUCUUUUAAAUGUCAUGAAUUGGGAAAUAAUAAUUUCCUUGAUCACUUGACAUAUAAGAGGUCAAAAGGUAAUAUAAAGGCACUGUAAAAACGCACCCUAAGUUAACACUCUUUUUAGUCCAAAACAUCUUAUAUUUAAGUCAAGCUGCCAGAACGACUCGUUUUGGAGAUUCUCACAUUAUAACGUCAUAGUGCAGCAAAAGACUGCCUCUGCAAAAGAUCAAUGCCAAUGUGUCGACUAUAUUGGAUCAACCAAGCUUUUAUCAUGUGUGAAUAAAUGUUACUUUUUCUGGUACAGCUAGUUUGAAAUGUGCUAUUUGUUUUAAAUGUUUUAAUCUACAUGAAAAGCAUAAAAUUUAUUUUGUCAACAAUAUCUGUAGUGUAACAAUCCCAAAAGAACAAGGCCCUUUUACUGGACAAACUCAUUUAUAUGGGCAUCAAUAGCCAAGAAGACACUCCACACAAGAGUUUAAUAAAAAUAUACAAUUUAUAAAAUCAUAUCCAUAAUAAAAUCCCAAGAGAGAGAGCAGCAGGUUAAAGUAAACAUGACAUACUCAUUUACUCAUGCUGAUGGCUUUUUAAUUUAUUUUUAUUUAUUUAUUUUUAGAAUAAUUGUAAUCCAUAUUUUUGAAGCAAAACAAAUAACUUUUUAACUGCAAGCAGAUGUAGGCCUAUAUUAUUCAAAAUAUAUUAUCAUUACAGAUAUUUGGAUCGUCCCUUAUUCUGUACCUUAUUUUCUUAAAGAAUAAACAGUUAUUUUAUACAAGAAUAAACAUUAUAAAUAAAGAAUAAAAUAAAUAAUCUCAAUUAGCCCUUAUUUUCCAUUUCUGAAGUUAACUGGCAACUCUAAUGAUGUAAUUAUCUUCAGACUCCCUGACAGUGGCACCUUGCUCAAAAAAAAAAAAAAAAUUCCCUGUUGUAGGGGAUAUGCGAGACUAUAAUAGAUUUAAAGAAAAACGUGGGUAUAAGUGCAGUGAAUGUUAAAUAGCCUAAAUUAACUUGUAUCUUGUAUAGUAUCUGAAUAACUAGAUUGCAUGUUAGGAUAAAACUUACAAUAUAAUUAGAUUUUUUUCUUUUUUUUUUUUAUGAACAAUUCCUGUAUAAAAUGGGACCGCAUCCUUUAUAUCAAACAUUUUUAAAUCAUCCACAGAUGUGCAACGUGGAGGCAGGUUGAGCGCACGCUGUGAAUGUGAUGCACGAUGUCAUUUUCAGAUGCAAUGGGAAAAACUUUUAUAAAAACAUACACAAAACUUGUAAAUAGUUAACAACAUAGCCUAGAUUAAGCCCAUACUCUGUUCCUAAUUAUAUAAUGUAAUUUCUUUUUUAACCCAUAGUGACACAUUUUAAAGGUGCCAUCUGUAAUAUUUGGCAAAAAAAAUAUUUGGCCGGCGUCUAGAGCGUCAAAAAUCGCUCUUGCCAUUCUGCUCACGAUGCUGCAGAAAGAUUUGUGAGCGCUCAGACACUCUAACGUAGAUCGAAUGCUUAUUUUGUAUUUAAAGCGACUGCAAAGCAAACAAGCUUGUUGAUCUCAUGCAGACUAACCACAGGGAGUUAUAAGUUAACCUCAUUAAAUAUUGUUGGGGACGAAAUAUUAGGAUCCUUUACUUAAAAUGAACAAUCUCAGACACCUAGGUCCACGUAUCACUUAAAAAAAAAUUUUUAUGUCCCUGUACGCAAACAGGGACACAUCAUAGAUUAAUACAAACGCUAAACAGCAAUAAUCAACCUGUCCUCUAUGUGCCAACUCUCAAGCAUUCACCGUGAGACACACGCAAUUGACUCUUUUCACACGCUUUCACGCCACACAUAAAUUUUUUCACGCACAGAAAAACCACGAAGCAAAGAGGACACGGAGACCAACAGACUAGACAGAGCAGGUUAGUUAUGAUAUAAUAAAAUGGGUAACGUUAAGUUAUAGCUAGCUAAUUAUCAAACGCAGCUACAGUUAGCCAUCGCUAACAUUAGCACGUUUAUUGAACAGCCUUCGAUACAUUUCUGUUAUAACUUCCCGAAAACAAAUACACAAACAUAUAAAACAAACUUCUAGCGAACUACUAACAGCUUCUAACUUACCAAUCCAAAAGAUAUGUUGCAAGUUCGGAGUCGAACCUCAUUUCUUUCAGGUGAAUCAGUUGUCUCCAGCGAUUAAAAGCAGUGUAGAUGUUAAUUUGAUUUGUGAUUCAGAGCGCGGUUGUUUCCCUGUAGCGGGUGGCGCUCUCUUCCCUGAACUGAAAUGCUCAAUGAACUUUCAAUGAAAGUACUGGGCUGUACUUUCCACAUGAUUGACAUCAGGUUCAGGCACGCCCAGAAGCCGUGCGAGUUAUUCGUGUAUUGCAGGUUGGCUGGUGGUUAUGUUGCUCGCAUACUGCCUCCCAUGGCCGAAACUGGUAUUACGACACCUGAUGUUUUUAAUGACAUCAUCGCCCUUAUUUCUUCUCAUUCUUUUGAUGCGUGUAGGUCAUGUUAUGGAUAUUUUUACCUCAAUUUUUGCAUAUGGCACCUUUAACUGAUCAAUUGCCUAUUUUCGUUUGCUGCAUGUUUUUUUGUUUUUUGCAAGAGGGGAAAAAAAAAGUUGCAUUUUGUUACAUUCAGAAAUUAUAAAGGCAGGCCUAAUAAUGUUAUAGGCACCAACAUGAUAUUUUUCGUUUCCCUCAUUUUACAACAAAUCCUUUACAUUUAACAAAUGUAUCAGACAUGUAUCAAGACAAUAAUUAAAAAUUUAUAAUAUAAAUAUAAUUGCAGUAUAUAUGAUGCUUAGUUAUAAAAAAAAAUAAUAAUAAUUUAAAGGAAACAUAAGGUAAGGUUGGGCUCUCUCAUUCUAGAGAAAUCCAAAUGUUUCCAUAUUUUUGAUGUUGCCCAUUUGAAAAAAGACUUUGUAGUUCACGCGUGUUUCAGUAUUGACAGAAAAAAAUCAUAAUGAACAAAAAUAAGCCAAAGUGGACCGCUGCUAGCGCCGCAUGGAACAGUGAACGGCUGCACUAUUUCCAAUGAAUGGUGCAUGAAGCACCAGCGCGAUCAAACAGCUGAAACAGAAAAUACUAAAUUUUUGGUCACACAUAAGGCAUAAUUCGAAAAAAAAAUAAUAACAUAAUAAGAAUUAUUUCUAAAUGCUGGACUGUUCUCAUUUCGCUCUGCAUAUGGAACCUGAAGGUUUUUUUUUUUAUUUUUUUAACCUGUUUAAAAAUGUGUUUCACCGAUUUCGGGGAUGGUCAGCUCCAUGCGAUCAGCGGGAGCUCAAUGCUCAUGUAUCAGCCUAGAGCAGUUUCAACUCUGCUAGUCCUUUUGACAUUCGCAGCUGGCUCUGAUGUCUCUUUAGUGGUUACACAUUAAAUAUAAUAAUUUUGGAGUAAAUCUAACAGGUAAUCUUUGGUUUGUAUUCAAUUUCUCUAUAUGUAAGAAUUAUAAUAAAAAGAGGCAGUUGAUAUAUUUCAUUUCAUUGUAAUGGAUGUAUAUAUAUAUAUUUACCUGAACGAAGUAAAUUUCUGUGGCUAUUAUUAUGUUUAGAUGUAAAUGAGAGGAGGCAGUGGUGUUUGAUAUCCUAUUUCAUUUAAUUGUAAAUAUACAGUAGACAUGUACCGGUAUUCGGUAAUGCGAUAUAUCACGUAAUUAAUAUGCAUGAUAUUGUUAUCAUGGGCCCUUCUAAAUACCUUGAAUAAUUAUAUAUUACAAAUGAUUCCAAAUGUGGAAUGCAUUUUAAGAAUACUAUUCCCAUUAACUGGUCAAAAUGCACAACACAGCUGUAUGCUGCUUGAAAGAUGUGUGUGCGCUCUGAUGUAAACAAGCACACAUGAGAAGCACAUGGAGGAAUACGUGAGAGACGCGCUGAAUGAAAAAAAAAAAGCACAUUCACAGAUGGCUCUAAACUGCAGUAAAAGAAGCAGCCUUUACUCUGGAAACCCCAUAAAUAAAGCAGCUGCACUACUUUCUAAAAUGUAUUUAAAUAGCCAUUCAAAUUUGUGGAUUUGCUAUUGUGUUCAUCACAGCGCCAAAUACUUAAAUAUUUAUACUUAAUAGGCUAUUUAUUUUCAACCUUUUUUUUAGGGUUUCUUUAGUUAACAUUAGUCAAUUCAUUAGUCAACAAAAAUUGCCAAUGAAAAAGAUAUUGUAUUUUUCAGGUAUUGCAAUAUUUAAUAACACGUUGUUAACGCUCUGAGGUCUACGGGUAUUUUUGGGGCCUGGCGAGGUUUUGUCAUGCCCAGUCAUUUGUGCUUUUUUUCAGUUGCUUAUAAACAUCUAAAUGGCUAAAGUCUAACAUCACUGUAAUCAGCACAAACUGGGCCAUAAUAAUAUUUGAGCAGCAUGUAUGUACAUGACUGUGUUUUUGAGGGAAAAAAAAGUUUAUGCAUGGUUAAUGAAAAACUAAAAAUUGUAAAUCACUUGAAUAAGGCCAUGAAACAAAUACAGAACAUUGGUUACGGGGACUUUUGAGAACUGGAUCUUGUAGCCUAUAAUUUUUCUUUCUAAAUUAUGUGAAAACCAUCGUGUUUACUCACUCACAAUUUUCUAAGACACUUUUUGUUUGUAAAAGUCAUAUGGGAGUAGGCGUCAACUAUCAUGAAUAUCAUUGUGAUUUACACCUGAGAAGACAAAGGCCUGCAUAAUGAGCUGCAUAAUGAGCCUUUCAGUCAGGUUUGUGACUGAGAUGGACGAGUUACAAGAAAGAAUUUGCGGACAAAAUGAAUGUAUAUAUUUUUAUGUGUGUAGUUUAUUUAGAAUAUAUUUUAUUAUUAAUCAAUCAAUCAAUCAAUCAACCUUUAUUUAUACAGCCCUUUACAACACUCAAAGUGAACCAAAGUGCUUUCCAGGAAAUCUAAAAUAAAAAUAAAAACAAUAAAAACAAUAAUGCCACAAAGAAAACACAAAAUGCCACAACAACUGCUAUAAAUUAAAAGCCAGUCUAAAUAAAUGAGUCUUGAGCUUAUCCUUAAAGAGGCCCAAGUCAGUGAUUGUACGUAAAUCAGCAGGUAGCUUGUUCCAGAGGCUUGGCCCAGCUACAGAAAAAGCCUGGUCACCCCAGAGUCUGUACCUUGUCCUUGGGACUUCCAGCAAAAGUUGAUUUGUUGAUCUAAGAGCCCUGUUUGAUUGACGCAAGGUUAACAUCUCAGUUAUGUACGGUGGUGCGAGGCCAUUGAGAGCUUUAAAAACAAACAAUAAAAUCUUAAAAUCAACUCUAAAAGAAUCUGGAAGCCAGUGGAGCGAAGAAAGAAUUGGAAUAAUAUGCUCACGUUUACGUGUGUUAGUUAGAAGACGGGCUGCUGCAUUCUGAACCAGCUGAAGGCGCCUGAGUGAUGACUGUGAGACUCCGACAUAAAGCGCAUUACAGUAAUCUAGUCUUGAACUAAUAAAAGCAUGAAUAGCUUUCUCAAGGUCCGAAAAAUUUAAAAAUGGUUUGACCUUGGCCAAUAGACGUAACUGAAAAAAACUAGCUUUCACCACACUGUCAAUUUGUUUAUCGAAUUUCAGGCUACUAUCAAAAGUGACACCAAGAUUUCUGAUAGUUGGUUUAAGCUUCGAAAUUAGCAUAUUAGGGUCAGAGGUUGCAGAUUCACCAAAUAAAAUAUAUUCAGUUUUAUCCCACAAAAUAAUGUUAUACUUGCUAGUGCAGUUAAACAGUUUAUUAGGAACAAUCAAAGCUGACUUUCAAAGCUGAUUUUUAGCAUCAUUGCUCCAGUCACACAUUGAUUUUCUACAAAAAAAAACCCCAUUAAUUAUUAUUAUUAUUAAUAAUAAUAAUAAUAAUGUGGAAAAGAGCUGAGCAUAUUUUUUAAGGUGUUUUUUUUUUUAUAAAUUGAAAGAACAGCACAUGUGAAUUGUCUUAUUGCUAUCAUCGCGAAACAAACAGUAAAAUAAAAUAAAAAACUUGAAGAACAGACUCGCUGCUUUGUUUUCUGUGUGGGCGUUUACAAGCUGCGAGCUUCACGUGAAACAUUAUAAUCUCAAUAGCACAUUCAGCACGUGGACGUGGUCACAUUAGAUAUAAUGAAGGGAGAUAAAUUUGCAUUUGUAUUGAGAAAUGUGCAAAGACCUACAUCACCAGACUAUUUGCCUAAUCUUCCCGGUACUUUAGACCACGGUGGAAACACAGAAAGCAACAGGUCUGGGGGUAAAAAGUUCCUGGUACAAUUGUUCUGGGUAAUCUCGGUGGAAACAGGACACAGGAGAUUCACACCUUUAUGUCAACCCCCCACAAUGAUGCUAACUACCCCCAAACCCCAACCUCCUCCAGCUGGACUGUAUUCAUUCACACUACUGGUUGCUCAGUGUAAAAUUGACAUGCACUAUCUAAAAGAAAAAAAAUGGUGAAUCAAACGAGCAAGCUGCAGAAUACACAAAUCUUUAUUACUAAUUGUAUAUGUUAUUAUAAAAACAAAAACAAUCCUGAGCCUGUGUAGGGGACUGACUAGCUUCUACCACUGGACGGAUUAACUUGAUAAACAUUGUUUGUUUGCGCACGCAAGACAGACAUGUUCUUCAUUCAUCUCACUUCACAAUAAUUAAAAAUAACAGUGUCACCAUGCAGAUAAUCUCGGUUUAUUAACCCCUUACUAGUAACCCCCCUUUUUUGGCAUGGAGACCGAAAUUACAUACCCAAAAUAAAAAGGUUUCUGCCCAUGAUUCUUUCUGACUAGAUACAUAAUCAACCUUUGUUCACAAAGCUGACACUUUAAAGUUUACUGUUCAGGAAUCAGAAUCACUCAGACUGUUAUGAUAAUAGAGAUAUAUAAGCUCAAACAUAAAAACAAAAAUAAAAAUAUAAAAAACAUAUGUUUUAAAUGCAUUUAAAAAAAUGUUGAUGUAGGAAAUGAGUUUGAAAACACAGUGUAGCUAAGGCCACAAGUCUUCCAAACCUUCAUAAAAAAUUUCAUAAUCGAAUCUGUAAAACGGUGAAUUUUAUGAAAUAUUUUCUAAGGCCAUGUCAUGUGUGUUUUUAGAGAAGGCUAAUCAGAUUGAUUUAUGGCACUUGUCAUCUCUAUAAGAUCUCACAUGUAAACAUUCCGGUGCUCUUUGUGUAUGUUUCACUGUUGAAAGCUGCCCGAUUCAUUAUUGUAUUGUUCUCACCAAACGAGUCUUUCACACCUCCGCCAGGUAUGACACAUUAUCCGCAUUAUUCUUUUAUCAUUAUUCUUUUGUUUUUAUUCCACCUUUAUUAGCCUUGAUUGUGGUUUUUCAGGCUUUACAAAGACACAAAGCAGCGAUCUCACUUCAGUCUCUCUUUGCAUUUAGCCCUUAUUUAUCAAAAGUCUUACUAUAAAAAUACAACAAAACAUUUUCUUACGACCUUACGUGAAUUAUUGAGACAAAAAUGCAUUAUGAAGAAGAAAAGCACCUGCUAUUAGUAGCAUUGGUGCUAACGUUAGCAUCAAGCUACAUCUGACAAUUUAUGAAAUUAUUAGUACACUUUUACUAAAAACUCACUUUAAACCCCGAUCGAGUGUUUAUAAUAACUUCCUUUAGCGAUCAGGGGUGGAAUUUGGUCGUUUACUGUUGUAAAAAUAUGUUAUUUGUAGCCUUUUUCAUCGCUGCACAAGUUAGCAUUUCCGAUGUACAUUUUCGAUUUUUUUUAUAAAAACGCCCCAGAUCUCAAGAAAUUCUCAUACCAAGCUUUACUAUCGUAAUCGCGGGUUUAUUGUUCGGAUAUUUUGUGUGUACAGAGGUGUUUCAGUGUUGUUUUGGCCAGAUAACUACCAGGAAGUGUGCAGGAAGCAUGUGACACGAUGGGGCGGUGUCCAGAUAUUACACUCUCAGAUUGACAUUUGGGAAGGCCCAAUCGGAGUCUGAGACACACAGCACGAGCUGCCGGCACAGCAAACACAUACACAGAUCGCUGGGAGAGGCUGUUUAUCAUCUGAUCGCGUAAAUCCGUGGAAAAUGAAUAGAAAUGACGAUUCUGUCUGAAGAAAUAUGAAGUAAACAUCAGUAAAUAUAUCCAUAUAUCUCCGCAGAUAUGCAUCUUUGAUCUAUAAAUCCUUAUUGACGCUGUUCAGUGAGUCAUGUGAACACAAACCGCUUUUGACGUGACUGAAUAUGAGUGAGUGGUGAAUUUCUAUUCAAAAUGUGGCAUAAUACGGAUUUAUUAUUUUGCACUCCUGACAUAAAUCACUAAAUAUCUGUCACUGCAACAAUGUUUUAUCAAAAUAUUGGUCAAAUAUCGAAGCUAGAGUCUUUAAACUUUCAAUUGA